CAUAAAACAACUCGCUCGUCGCCUGCUCUUCUUCUCUUCUCUACUCCAUCCAUUGUCUUCCUCUAUUCUCUCCUUCUCCCUCUUCUACUCCUCCCCUCCUCCCUCCAUGGCAUCUCGAGCCACCUUGUCCCUCCUCCGCCUGCCCCUGGCCCUCUCCCGGGCCAGGCCGGUCGCUCCCGGCGCCCUCGCCUUCCUCCACCACCCCUCCUCGCCCGUCUCCGUCGCCCCCCUCGCAUCCGCAAGACCUCUUUCCACUCAAUUCAUCUCCUCAUCCAACCGACGCUCGUCUCCGCCCUCUCUCGCUCAAUACCAAUCACACAUCCUCGCCCGCCGCUUCCUCUCCUCGACCCCGGCUUCCGCCUCUCCCUCCGAGCCGCCAUCCUCCGAUCCCGCUAAAGCCUCAGACUCAAAGACCCCCUCGGCCGCACCCGUCCCGCCGGCGGUGGUGGCCGCCGGAAUCAGCUCUGCCGUUCCCACGCCGAAAGCAAAGAGCCGGUUCUGGCGCUUCACCUCCUUCGUCGUCUACCUCCUCGGCGCAGGCGUCUCGACGAUCUUCUUGCUUAUCGCCGCCUUCUUCCUCUACGACGCCUCGACCUACAAAGAACUCGACGACGCCGAGGAUGUUGAAGUAUCCUUGCUGGCUCUUAACCCAAACAUCGGUGGACCUAAGAACCUUCCUAUCCUCGAAAGCUAUCUCGACGACGAAGAGUGCGAGGCAAAGAAGAUCUCCAGUCACAAGCCGCGUCUCGUCAUCCUCGGAUCCGGCUGGGGCGCUGUUGGUUUGGUCAAGAAUGUCAAUCCUAACGACUAUCACAUCACCGUGAUCUCCCCCCGGAACCAUUUCCUUUUCACUCCUAUGCUCCCAUCUGCCACUGUUGGAACCCUCGAGUUCAGAUCCCUGGUUGAACCGAUUCGCCGCAUCGUUGCCAGCGUCAACGGUCACUACAUUGAAGCCUCUGCCGAAAAAGUCGAAUUCCAAGACCGCCUCGUCGAAGUCAAACAGCACCUCCCCGACGGCUCCUCGCGUGACUUUUACGUUCCCUACGACAAACUUGUGGUUGCGGUUGGUUCGCAGACAAACUCCCACGGCGUCAACGGUCUCGAAUACUGCAACUUCCUCAAGACGAUCGAAGACGCGCGUCUCGUGCGCGAAAAGGUCUUCCGCAAUCUCGAACUGGCUUGUCUUCCGGGAACUUCUGAAGAUGAACGCAAGCGGUUGCUCAGCUUUGUCGUCUGUGGAGGCGGUCCGACCGGUGUUGAGUUUGCUGCCGAGCUCUACGAUUUCUUGAACGAGGAUCUGUGUAAUACCUACCCCAAGCUGCUUCGCAACCUAGUCUCUGUCCACAUUGUCCAGUCGCAAGGCCACAUCCUCAACACGUACGAUGAAAAGAUCAGUCAAUAUGCACAGGAACGGUUCAUCAACGACUCGAUCGACGUGCUGACCAACGCGCGCGUGAAGAGUGUCGAACCCGACCGUGUGAUUUUCAGCCAAAAGAACGCAGACGGCGUGGCCGAGAACAAGGAGCUGCCGUGCGGAAUGUGUCUCUGGUCGACUGGCGUCACGCUCUGCGACAUCACAAAAGAUAUUGCUGCGAGCUUACCUGGCCAUCAGCGCAACAAGCGCGCGAUCGAGACCGACACGCACUUGCGCGUCCUGGGCGCGCCGCUGGGCGAGGUCUACGCGAUCGGCGACUGCUCGACCGUGCGCACAAACAUCACCGAGCACAUUGUCGAGUUUCUGAAGACGUACGCGGUCAAGGCGAACGUCUCGAUCGAGAACUACGAGAUCACCUUCCAGCAGUGGCGAGAUAUCGCGCAAAACAUCAAGCGGCGGUUUCCGCAGGCGUCGGAGCAUCUCCGACGAGUGGACUCGCUCUUCACCGAGUUUGACCAGGACCACUCCGGCACGCUCGCGUUUGCCGAGCUGACUGCGCUUCUGAAGAACAUCGACAGCAAGGUAACUUCGCUUCCCGCGACCGCGCAACGCGCGAACCAGCAGGGCAUCUACCUCGGCCGGAAAUUCACCAAGCUUGCGCGCGCGCAGGAGUCGCUUGCGAUGGACGAGGUUGUGAACAAGGACAUCGACGACCUCGUGCACCGCCCGUUUGCGUACCACCACCUCGGCAGUCUUGCGUAUGUCGGCAACGCGGCCGUGUUUGACUUCAACGGGUACUCGCUCGUCGGCGGGCUGGUGGCGGUGUAUCUCUGGCGGUCCGUGUAUUUUGCGCAGAGCGUGAGUUUCCGGACGCGCGCGUUGUUGUUUAUGGAUUGGUUGACGAGAGGGUUGUUUGGUCGCGACAUCACGCCUCUGUAAGGAGUAGAGGGUGUUUGUUUAUAGACUUUGAUUGUAUAAGCAGUUUGUUUUGUUAGAGUUGUAAUAAUAGAGCCAAAGAUAGAAA